AUGUCUUCCUUUCCGACAGCACGCAAACCACCCGGACCGUUCCCGGUGCCAAAUGCCACUGUCCCCUACUGGCGGACAGAACCUCAUGCUCUCGAUACUUAUCGCAGCACCUUGGACCUUCCUGACUUAAGUGACGUGAUCAUCGUCGGCGCUGGUUUCGCUGGUGUCACGGCAGCAUAUUAUCUACUUACCGACGACGCUUCCGAACGUCCCAGCGUCACCCUGCUCGAAGCAAGGGAAGCUUGCUCUGGGGCUACUGGGAGAAAUGGCAAGCCGCGCGGCCACCUGAGGCCAGACUAUAUACUGGACGUGGCAGAGAGGGCCGCGUCCCAUGGGGUAGAGUUUGCCAACGAACUAGCUCUGUUCGAGGUCGCCAACGCAGAAGCCGUCAAGGAUCUUAUCCGAAAAGAAGGUAUCGCCUGCGAGCUGCACGAGUGCACCACUGGCUAUGCCUUUCUGGACGAGGUGGUGGCCGCAGAACUGAAGAAGCAGUACGACGAGCUGAUCGAGCUCGACUGCCCGACGGUAAAGGAGGUCAAGUAUUACGGCCCUUCAGACGCAGAAGACGUGACAGCUGUCAAAGGAGCGAAGGCAGCCUUUACUUUCCCGGCGGCGACUCUUUGGCCAUACAAGAUGGUCUUGGGCGUCCUGGAAAGAGCCGUUCAGGGCGGGCUCAACCUGCAGACUGAAACUCCUGUCCUCCAGGUCUCGGAAACGCCUGACAGCGAAGGAUAUUGGACACUUACCACUCCACGGGGAACGACAAGGGCAAAGCAGGUCAUCAUCGCAACCAACGCCUACACCGCUGGCAUCCUGCCAGAGUACGCGUCCCACAUCAUUCCGAUCCGUGGUAUGUGCGGCCGGGUCAAACCGAUGUCACCCAAACCUGCUUCGGCUCCUCAGAUGUUGCAUUCCUCCGCGACCGAGUACGUAAGCUUUGGGCAUGACUACCACGGCACCCAGCCUGAUGGGAGCUUCGUGGUCGGCGGCACCUUUGCCCCGCUUCGGAAGCACGCCACGCGAUAUGGCGUCGUGGAUGACGCUUCGUUAUACGACCCGGAACUUGUGGAGGGGGUAUUCGAGGGAUGGCUGCAGCAAAGCUUCAAGGGCUGGGAGAAUGUGAAGACCAAAGUCCAAGAGACUUGGACAGGCAUCUUUGGGAGCACCUCGGACAGACUGCCGCACAUUGGCCGCGUACCCGGGCGGCCGGGAAUGUUCAUCUGUGCCGGUUUCAACGGUCACGGCAUGCCAAACGUCCUGCUCUGCUCCAAGGCCGUGGUACAAAUGAUGCAGACAGGGUGUGCGUUUGCCGAGACCGGUGUGCCGACUGGUUAUGAGACAAGCACAGAGAGACUUGCAGCGCCCGGCGAGGUGAUGAAUGCAUAG